AUGCCGUGCUGUGGGGAUCGCGAAAAGGGCGGCCCCGUGUCCCUGGAGGAACAAUGGGAUUACAUUAACCUGGACGACUUCAAGUCCGAAUCAUGUCUCAGCCCGUUCUCCUACUUCUGGCUGUGGGUUUUCCUCAUCGUUUCCCUCGCCGUGUAUGGUGUCGACACCUUUACCGCCGUCAAUCUACUCGCCUUCUCUCGCUGGGCCGGCCAGAUCGAGCCCGCCAUUCCAUUUGCGGCGUCGCGCUGGGUGUUCGCCGUCUGCAUUAUCAUCUCGUUUGUUCUGCUGGUUCUGCGCUGGCUUCGCGCCAUUCGGGCGAUCCGUUCCGGAAGCAUCGCCAAAAGCUACCUGGACUCCCUCGCCGUGCGGAUCCAGAGUAUCCGCAUGGGCCAGAAUGGCCGUGGGUGGCGGAGAUUCCUCGUCUUCGCGGAGCUCACCAAGGACCGCAAGGGAGCCGAGUACAUUGCCUUGUUCACGUACUUUUCGUUCGAGACGUGGAUGAACACGCUCUUCGCCGACGGGCCCCGUCAAGUGGUCAACGCCAUCACCCUGUACUCGGUCAUGCAAAUGGAUCUGCUCCCCGGGGGCAAACACGCCUCCGAGGACCAAGACCAGUCAGGGGCCUCCCAAUUCUUCAACAACGUCAAGAUCCUCGCCGAGAACAACAAUCUGAGGGCCGUGAUCCUGUGCGGUAUGUUGUUCACCGUGGUGGUCUGGGUGUUAUCAAUCUUGAAACUCCUCCUGGCCAUCAUGUUCUACGUCUUCUUCCUCUUCCACCACAUCCCCGAGAAGGACGGCAGUCUCAAGUCAUACUGCAAACGGAAGAUCAACCAGCGACUCACCCGCAUUGUCCGUCGCAAGGUCGACAAAGCUUUAAAUAAAGGGGUCGCCCUGCAGGACCGGACGCCGACCGGGCUGAGCUCGCGGCCGACCCUCCCCGUCAUCGGUCCCGACCUCGACAAAGGCCCGGCCGUCGCGACCAUCUCGCGCAGCACUACCGAGACAACACUGCCGGUGUACACCUCACGACCAGGCACGGCCGCCGGCCAACGUCCGACCCUGCCCGAUCUAGGGGGCCUCCAGGAGAAACCGCCGCUGAGUCGAUCAGUCACCCAGUCGUCAGGCUGGUCAGACGGCACGGCCGUCUCUGGAUACAGCCCGUUAGACCGCCAGGCAUCGCCGGCGCCGCCCGUGCCCGCGCUUCCCAGCCACAUGGUCAUGGCGGGCUCCCGCUCCCAGACGCCUAUGUCGCGGUCCGCGUACACGCCGUCCCCCGCGCCUGCAGGCGUCAUGACAAACCGCAUGCUGCCCCCAAUCGCCACGUCAGGCUCGCCAUUCCGCCCCUUUAGUCCCGCAGUCGACCCCUCCGGACGCUCGUACACACCAGCCAACCAGAGCGCAACCGGCUACGCCGACCAAGCCGGCAUGCGAACGUUCUCGCCCGCCCCUGCGCCUCAGAACCCGCAGUUCAAUAACCCCGGGGCGUACUAUUCUCCUGCGCGCGGGACUCCAGCGCCCGCCUCUCGCAUGGGGUACUCCACACCAGUCUACCAGGAGAACUUGGCCGCCGGCCGACCCACGCCCGCGCAGCAAUACCCGCCGCGGGGAUAUGGCGGGCAACCCCAACCGCCUCGCACAGACUACUUCUAA